GGAAAGAAGGAGGGGCUGUCACAGGCUGGGAGCCGUGAGAUCAGAUGUCAGCAGCUCAGGGAGACAUUCCCAGGAAGGGAAAAGUGCUGCUCAUUCAUCACCCUGCGCUGGGACAGCCUGGACCACAGCUGCUCUUGUGGAGAGGAAGCAACCCAGGAAGGGAGCUGCUGGGGAUCCUGUCGAUGUCUCCCAACACCAGGGGUUAGUGACCAAGCAGAGAAAAGUUCUUCCUUAUUAAAGCCUCCAGGCAAGACCAUUUCCUUAGUAGAUCACAUCGGAUCCCUUCCCAUAAUGGAAGCCUGAGAGCCAGGAAGCUCCAUGACCUCCAGAAACCACCACACCUUACCACGAGUUCUGAUGGCACCUCGAAUGUUUACUGAAGGAGAACUUGGGGGCAUUGCCCAAAUCACCCCCUCUCUGUACCUGAGCAGGGGCAGCGUAGCCUCGAACCGACAACUGCUUCUGGCCCGGGGCAUCACCUGCAUAAUCAAUGCCACCAUUGAGAUCCCCAACUUUAAUUGGCCCCAAUUUGAAUAUGUCAAAGUACCUCUGGCUGACGUGCCCAACGCCCCCAUCUCCCUAUACUUUGACAGCGUGGCUGAUAAGAUACAAAGCGUCACGCGAAAGCACGGGGCCACCUUAGUCCAUUGUGCAGCUGGUGUGAGCAGAUCGGCCACCCUGUGCAUCGCUUAUCUGAUGAAGUACCACAAAGUGUCUCUGUUUGAGGCUUACAACUGGGUCAAGUCAAGACGCCCCGUCAUCCGCCCCAAUGUGGGUUUCUGGAGGCAGCUGAUAGACUACGAGCGGAAGCUGUUUGGGAAGACGACGGUUAAAAUGGUACAGACGCCAUAUGGUGUACUCCCAGACGUUUAUGAGAGAGAGGGGAGACACCUCAUGCCUUACUGGGGGAUUUAAUGCAACUGCAUCAACAGGAAGAAUAAGAGCACAAGAGACUUGCUGUUCUGCAUCUACCAGACUGGAGACAUUCCCUUCUCUUUUGAUGACCAACUUUUAGUUCUUUACCAUACAGCAGAACCUUGCUAAUUGUCACGUCCCUAACCAGCAAGGCCAGCAAUUCCCAAAAAACAUAUAUAUAUACACACACACACACACAAAAUCCUUGCCCUAUCUUCCCUUGAUUGAACAUUACAGUGAGCUCUCUUUACUAAAUUUAAGUCUUCCACAAAACAUCCCCUGCAGUCAGUUUACUAGUAUACUACAAGUGAAGAACUAAAAGGCACUUGGCAGAAUUAAUGAACAAAGUACGCUUUGUGAUGAGGUAGCCUGGAUAUUUCUUUACUAGCUUAUUUUCUUCCGUGCAAAACCCCGUAGCCGAUGAGCGGCACUAGCACAAAAUGAACGAGCUCCACCUCUAAACUCCAACUCAAUGUGUUUGUUUUAUUAAGAGACAGGGAGGGAGGAGCGUGGAAAAGUGUUGCUAAUGCUGUCAUUUUCUUUCAAUACCAUAGUGGCUCUUAGUAUAUAGUGUUAGAGAUCGUUAGCCAGCUUUUUAAAUCUUUAUAAAUAGUUAAGCCAGUCAAAGACUGUCAUAAAUACAAUAAUUUAAGCAAUUAAGACAAAUGAAUGCUGCCACAUCUCUCCCCCCCCCCCAUUCCACACCAGGGUAGCAGCUCCUGCAAGCAUUUAUACACCUGAAUAAUUUUAUGUACAUGAGUAAGUGUUUGCAUGAUUGGGGAGCAAACAACAGAGCUCAUUUCAAAGUGAAGACCAGUACAGAAGUGAUAGGUUAACCUUUCCCACACUGGCCAGCCAAAUUAAGCUUUGACUACACGGCUACCCUCCCAAAGGGGUUGAGCUGUAUUUUUUAGUAUUCAGUCAACCAGUAAAUAGAAAGUAGGUAAAUCUGCUUGAUAACUUAGCUGUAAGUAUAGUCAUGAUCUGCCUCAGAUCUUUUCCGAUUCACAGUGUUAUGGCCUCCAGGAUUAUGUUGCAUUCCUGAAUUUUUCUAAGCAAAAUAUGUUAAUCUGUUAAACCUCCAGUACAAAGGUGUCUUUAUUGAGAAGUCUUUGCUUUGUUUUGGUUCUGAUGAGAGAAAAAAAAGAUUCUAACCUGAAAAGUGGUAGAAGAUACUAGAUGAUAUGGACCGUUGAGUCGUGAGUAUUAUCCACAUCCUUGCACAUCACUAUUUAACAAACAUAGCUGGAACAUCGAAAGAACAAAGCAAGUAACUUACUCAACAAGACUGUUUGAGUCCUUCCUUGUAUCUCUAAAAGAGGAAGAUGCAGAUUUCUGGAUACAUAGAGAUAGAUAACUUAUUUAAAUGAGAGACUAUACUUGUAAAAAAUAAUCUUAAUAAAGAUUAAAACUAGAA